UGGUCGUAGCCUCUCACGUCGAGCCAGCAGGUCGUGACUGCUAUGCCGUGUAAGAUAGUGAAUUAGCUACCUGUAACUGUAUGUUCCACGCCCUUAGCUUCCUGGGCUCUAGCGGAGGCUAGUUGAAUUGACGAUCAUGGACGUUGACGGUGACGGAGAGCAGCGGAUGCGGUUCAGCCUAGACGGAGAUUUUGACGACGGUCAGUUUAUCAACGGAGAGUUUUUCUCCUCCUCGCGAAGGCAGGGCCGCCAGCAGACGCGCGACGAUGUCGUUUACGGUGUCUUUAACGAAGCGUCUGAUGACGAGGAUGACGACGACGAGGAGGGAUUCGGCGGUGGGGGAAAGAGACGGAGAAAAAAACGGCGAGGAAAAGACGAUCUGAUGGGGAAAGGCGAUUUUACGAAACCCGUUAACUUCGUCUCGAAAGGAACUGUGGAUCCGAAUCUGGAUAAGGAUGCUGUCGAGGAACGACCGGGAUUGGGAAGCAAGCCGCAGGAGACGCCGGAGGACGAGGAUCGGAGCGGAUUGGGUCGGACGGGUCUCGGGUUCGGCGGAGCAGGCCUGGGAUUCACGCCCGGGAAUGCCGAACCUGACCGGCCAGGUUUGGGAGCCAGGGGGGGGAAGGAGGAAGGCGAGGAAGAGGAGGAGGAAGCGGAUCCGUUAGCGAAAACUGCGUUCGGCCAGCGGCUAAGGGAGCGAGCGGAGCAGAGGAGGGAGAUGGAGAGAGAACGAGCUAAGCAAGAGAAGCAGGAGGCGUCGUUUUUCGCGCAGCAAAAGGCCAACAGAGGGGCUGCUGGGGGGCUGUUUGACUCUGGUGGGGGAGGAGGAGGGGGAGGGGGAGGAGGGGGGAGGGGGGGUGGUGGUGGUGCUCAUGGUGUGGGGACGUUUGAGAAACACACUAAGGGAAUAGGGAUGAAGCUUCUAGAGAAGAUGGGGUACAAAGGAGGCGGCCUGGGGAAAAACCAGCAGGGAAUUGCAAAGCCGAUCGAGGCGAAACUCCGGCCUAAGAACAUGGGCAUGGGCUUUAACGACUUUAAGGAAAAGGAGGUCGGGUUACCACCCCCGCCGUCCGGGAAAGAGGGUGACGGGGUGGGGGGGGAAGGGGAGGGGGUGGCGGUGGAGGUGGUGGAGAAGAGGGGGAGGACGAAGCUAUGGAAGAAGAAGUUUGCCGGGAGGAGGAGGGAGUACAAGACGGCUGCUGAGCUUCUAGAGGAGAAGCAGGCCGAGGGGAGGGAGGUGACUCAGACCAUCCUGGACAUGCGGGGAGCCCAGGUCCGCGUGUUGACCAACCUCGACCGACUAAAUGAGGAGCAGAAGCUGCAGGAGGAUGACACCCCCAUGCCAGAGCUGCAGCACAACCUGCGCCUCGUGGUGGACCUAGCCGAAGCAGACAUCCAAACGAUUGACAAGCGCCUUCGCUUCCAACGAGACUCACUCACCGCACUCAAGCAAGAGCGCGAUCGCGCACAGGAGAGGAUGAAGCAGCAGGCUCAGCAACUCAUUGACCUUCAAAACAUCGUUGGCGUGCUCGAGAAAGUUCUGUCGUCUGCCCCGCCGCCGUUGCCGCCCCCGUCUACGGUGUCUGCAGAAGCUCUGGCUCAGGAUUCGCACGCGAUCGCGACAUCUGUCGCGACUCCGUUGGCUGCGCUGAGACGGCUGCGGGAGCAGCAUCCGGAGGAUUAUAAGCUGUAUAACGUGGCGGCGGUGGCUUUAGGUUUUGUACUGCCCCGCCUCGCGCCGCUUUUCCGCACCUGGAACCCCCUUGCCCACCCCUCCCACGGCCAUGCUGUUCUCUCCUCCUGGCGCUCUGUGCUUGCAAGGGAGGCAGGAGGAGGGAGAGGAGGAGGUGAGGGUGGGGAAGAGAGUGGGGCGAUCUUUGCUGACGUGGCACUUGCCGAUUCGGUGGCAGACCCUGGAGCAGCAGCAGGAGGGGUGGGAGGAGCGCCUGCUGAGAUGGAUCCCUACGCGCGCCUUGUCGCAGAUCUCGUCCUGCCAGCUGUCAGAUCCGCAGUGGUCAAUCUCUGGGAGCCUCGGGAGCCUGAGCCUUUGCUGAAUUUCCUCGACACAUGGCGUGCUCCUGUGCUGCCAUCUGUCCUCCUGAGAACGAUCCUCGCGCACCUGGUGUUCCCGAAGCUGGCAGCCACGGUGGAGGCGUGGGACCCGAGGCUAGAAACCGUACCUGUCCACCAGUGGCUGCACCCAUGGCUACCGUACCUAGGCUCGCAGCUCGAAACCCUCUACCCGACCAUCCGCUUCCGGCUCGGGUCAGCCCUGACCGCUUGGCACCCCUCCGAUUCCUCCGCUCUUGCGAUGCUCGCACCAUGGAAAUCAGUGUUUGAUGCUGCUAGCUGGGAUACUCUGGUGAGCAGAUCCAUCGUCCCCAAACUCAUUCACUUGCUGCAGACGGAGUUCCUGGUGAACCCGCAACAGCAGCAGCUGGAGCCGUUUCAUUGGGCCAUGUCAUGGGCUGGUGUGGUCCCCACACGCCACCUCAUCGCCUUGCUGGACACUGCCUUCUUCCCCCAGUGGCACCAGGUGCUCUACCAUUGGCUGUGUGCAAACCCUAAUUUUGAUGAGGUUACGAGGUGGUAUCUGGGUUGGAAAGCGCUGUUUCCUGCGGAGCUUUUAAGCUCGGAAAGAGUGAGGCAGCAGCUGAAUGUGGCUCUAGAUAUGAUGAAUCAGGCUGUAGAGGGGAUGCCGGUUUUGCAACCCGGUGUGAAGGAGAACGUCUCUUACUUGAGAGUCUCGGAGCAGCAGGCUUUCGCAGAUGGAGCCGGGGCAGGUGGAGGUACAACUGGUGCAGGUGGCACUGCUGCUGGUGGUGCUGGUGCUGGUGCUGGUGCUGGUGCUGGUAUAGCAGCAGGUGCGGGGGGUAGAGCAGGUGCAAAGGGCACAGGAGUGGGAGGGGCUGGAGGCACGAGGGGGAUUCAACACCUGGAGGAUGAAAAGGAGCUCUCGCUACGAGAGGUCGUGGAGCACUUUGCUCUGCAGAAUGAUGUGAAAUUCCUGCCGAAACCGGGGCGCAUGCACGAAGGCGUGCCAGUGUUUUCUUUUGGCACGGUCAGCCUUGUGAUAGACCCAUGGAAGCAGCUGCUGAUGGCGCAAGAUGAGAAGCUUGUGUGGGUGCCUGUGUCCCUGCAACAGGUGUUGGAUAUGCACAGGAAGAGAGGGGGCAGGUGGGCUUAAGCGGGUUACUGUAUGGAGUUGAUUGAUUACGACAAGACUCUUCAAGAAGUCUGCAGAGCAGGCGUCAUAGUAUUGCAAAUCUCAAAGCAUACAGCACGCUAAAUUGCAAUGCAAGUUACAGUGGCGGAAAAAACUGUCUGGAUGUUU